AUGGUGCUGCUUAAGGUCAAGUUUGACCAGAAGAAGCGGGUCAAGUUGGCACAGGGGCUCUGGCUCAUGAACUGGCUCUCCGUGUUGGCUGGCAUCAUCGUCUUCAGCCUGGGGCUCUUUCUGAAGAUCGAGCUCCGGAAGAGGAGCGAGGUGAUGAACAAUGCCGAAAGCCAUUUCGUGCCCAACUCCUUGAUAGGGGUGGGGGUGCUGUCCUGCGUCUUCAACUCCCUGGCUGGCAAGAUCUGCUACGACGCCCUGGACCCCGCCAAGUUCGCCAGGUGGAGGCCCUGGCUGAAGCCCUAUCUGGCCGUCUGUAUCCUCUUCAACGUCACCCUCUUCCUUGUGGCCCUGUGCUGCUUCCUGCUGCGGGGCUCGCUGGAGAGCACGCUGGCCCACGGGCUGAGGAGCGGCAUGAAGUACUACCGCGACACCGACACGCCGGGCCGCUGCUUCAUGAAGAGGACCAUCGACAUGCUGCAGAUCGAGUUCCAGUGCUGCGGCAACAACGGCUUUCGGGACUGGUUCGAGAUUCAGUGGAUCAGCAACCGCUACCUGGACUUUUCCUCCAAAGAAGUCAAAGACCGCAUCAAGAGCAACGUGGACGGGCGGUACCUGGUGGACGGGGUGCCCUUCAGCUGCUGCAACCCCAGCUCGCCGCGGCCCUGCAUCCAGUACCAGCUCACCAACAACUCCGCACACUACAGCUACGACCACCAGACCGAGGAGCUCAACCUGUGGCUGCGGGGCUGCAGGGACGCCCUGCUGGGCUACUACGGCAGCCUCAUGAGCUCCAUGGGCAUCGUCACGCUGCUUGUGUGGCUCUUUGAGGUGGCCAUCACCGUCGGGCUGCGCUACCUGCACACGGCGCUGGAGAGCGUGUCCAACCCCGAGGACCCGGAGUGUGAGAGCGAGGGCUGGCUGCUGGAGAAGAGCGUGCCCGAGACCUGGAAGGCUUUCCUGGAGAGCCUGAAAAAGCUGGGCAAGGGCAACCAGGUGGAAGCCGAGGGCGCGGACGCAGGCCAGGCCGCCGAGGCCGGCUGAGGGGGAC